AUGGAUGAAGAGGUCGUGAAGUAUCUACCUGAAGCUUUCGCAUUUAUUUAUGUCAUCAAAACUGACAACGCCGGAGGAGUCCAGAAAGACAGGGUCAGUGUUAGGAAUAACCACCAUUUCCAAAUGACAACAAUUUAAUAAGCCGUGAGGAGCCCCGUUAAAGGGGCUUUGAUACGUCAGCGUUUGACCUAUUGUCCUUUAGAAGAUUUCAAACCAUUACAAUGAUACUGAAUAAGAUUAAACUUUUAUUUAUUUUACAGCUCGAAAAGUUGCUGGAAGAAGUGAGAAAAGUGACUCUUAAUGAAAAGGGAGAAUUUUCAUCGAAGAGCGCCCUGUUCGUGUGUAACAAGUGGGACCAAAUACCACAGAAAGAAAUCGAAGAGGUAAAGAAAUACGUGAUCAGAAAAUUGGAAAAGUGUUGGCCCGGUCUUGUUCCAGAGUCACAGAUCAUCUAUAUGUCAGCAAAAAAGGCGAUUGACGCCCAGAAAUUGGGAAUCAUCACAAAUGACUUCCUCUCCUUGAUGAAUGGUAUAAGAUCCACGGUCAUGAAGAGCAUAGAGGCCAGACUGGAAAGUUAUUGGAGGUAAGAAUUGACUGAAAACGUUAUCGUCGGGUGAAAUGAUUGUGAUAAAUGCCCUAACUCAUUCCCUAAGACACUUCAGAACUCAUCAUCACCAUAAAUUUACCCAUCGACUAAACCUUUCCCAAUUUUCGAUAAGCCUGUAUCCUUCAUACUGGGGUUUUGUAGCGCGUUGAAGGAGAGGCGUUUUAAAAUCUGGUCUUGGUAUGGGAUACACGGGUCAUUAGAUAUGAACGAUUUUUUAUCUCGAUUUUCCCACUGAACUUUUCUCUUGGCGUGCUUGUGAAUAAAGUGAGGUUGGAACAAUGAAACAUUUGCAAUGGUUGCUCACUGGGUGUUAAGUAAAAAUGAGGACAAAAAGCCUAUCUAAAUUUGGAGCGAGAAUUGCCUAAUAGGUAAUUCAUCGAGUGCUGUUAUGGCUUUUACAGUUAAGUGAUUAAAAGUAGUUUAAAUUCUACACCAGCCACCAGGUUGAACAAUUUGUAUAUGGGAGUUAUUUUUUACUUUGAUUUAAAACACAAGACACUUUCAUAAAUGCUGCAGAAUAGUCAUGACCGAAAAAUUAAAGAAACUGAGUACUAAAUUAUUUUAGCAAGAAAUCAUAAGCUAUGCCCACAUCUAUUUCAGGAGCUUCCAUCAAACUCUACAGCGUAAAUUAACCUCUUUAUUGUCAUUUGAAUCUGAGAGGGCUCUGUUGUUUUGCUUUAUUUGUUUGCUAGAUCUUUCCUUCCUCUCUCUUUCUUUCUCUCCCUUUCUUGUUAUCUUUUUAGAAACGACUUUCGGGGAUAAUAAUGUCAAUAGGGCAUGCAUUUAGCAUACUUUAAUCCAUCCCUUUUGUCCUUUUCCGUUCUGAAGAAAGGAAGCAAACGUCUAGUCUUUAUCCCUGGUUCCAUACCACUGGUAAGAACGAGCCAAGAAUCGUGGAAAGGUAAUGAUUUUUGAGGUAAAAACCAUAUCAGUUAUUGAAUAUAUCUAUUUAUAUUUUAGAUGGCUUGAUUACCUCCUUUCACGAAUAGUUUAUCAAGCAAAGGCCUUUGUCAUGAAUGCCAAAAGAGAUCGUGACAAGGUCGCCAAGAAAAUGGAAAGAAUCAAUAACCGUCUGUCAGCUAUUGAAAGCGAACAAGGAAAAGUGGUGGAAGACCUUCGAAAACACCUGAAAGCUAAAAUCGACGAGGCAGUUCAAAAGCUUUCCAUAUUUCUCAAGUCAGAUGAGGUCAAAACACGUUUCAUCUCCUGGAACUUGGAUGAGGUUCCUGAAAUAGAGGUCUCGUGGCAGGUCACAGAAAACAAUAUCAAUAAAGCAUUGCAAACAAGGUUGAAGGAAAUCAUAGAACAUUGGGAGGAAGAUGAACGAGUAUUUGCCGAUGCUCGAGAUUCCCUCCUGUAUUAUUUUCAGCAGCAGUACGAUUUUGUCGAGGGGCAAAUCCGGAAUCUGCAAGAUAGUGUCACGACUGAUGACCCAAUUAGUGUUUCAGAAGCUGAUCCCUCUGCUGAAAACUUUUCUAUGGCAGUAAAGUUUGCUAUCGGUUUUACCAGCCCAAUCUGGGUUCCACUCACUCUAAUUGCUUUGGUAAUUGGCAGCCCAAUAGUCGGCAUAAUCUCGAUCAAAAACAAAAUUGAAGAUUCAAGGAGACUUAGGAGGUACGAAAAAGACAGAUGCUCUCUCAUGGCUGAGAGGUCAGUAGACUACCUCAACAAUGCCACAAAUGAGUCCAUUCUCAAGGUGUUCGUAAAGAGCCAACUAAGCGAGGCAAAAUUGUGUCUAAAGCAUAUUGAGGCCCGUAUUCCAGAGCUAAUACAUGCUGACAAGAUGUUGUAUAAUCAACUCAGGCAUGAAACGCGGUCACACAAAGAGAUACAGGAGUCAUACCAGCCUGUCCUGAAUCGAGCAUUGGAAAUCAGAGGACAGCUAGCGUUAUAUGGCCUGAGAGAAAUCCGUACCGCUGACAUCAGCAGCCUGGAGCUUGAGUGGAAAGCAGACAUGUCUCUUCUUCUUGGUCAAGGAGAGUUCGCAACGGUGAUCGAAGGGAAAAUGAAGAGGCAUGGUGAGGAGCAAAGCGUUGCAUUAAAAAUUUGGAACGAAUCCCUUGAGUCUUCUAAGGUACGAAUUUUUCUCACCUUCAAUUUUAUUGCGGAAUUGCAUAUUAUUUUAAGUCUCCUUGGAACUGCUAAAAACCUGCGCAAAACGAGUUUCAAAACUAUAUGUAAAUCUAACAGUGAAUUAAUUUUGCGUGGCCAGGAAUACACCUAAUUCACAAGGUCAGCGGUGGGCUAUCAGAAAAAGGAAGAUUGUGUUUUGUUACAAAAGCAAAACAUUAACAUUUAAAAGGAUUUGGUAGUUUUUUUUGUGAAAAGAAAUAUAGUUAACUAUAACUUCACUUUUUUUUUCAUUCAUUUUUCUUUAUUCGAUCAUUCCUGUACUGCGUUUAUACUGAGACAAAAAUUUGACUAAGUAAUGCUUGACUGUGUGUAGUUGAUUUCUUUCUCAGGAGGUUGGAUCAUCCUCACAUUGUGAAGUUCUAUGGUACAUCUCUCCUCAAAAGAGAUGGUGAGGAAAGAGCAGUAAUGGUGUUGGAAAAGUGCAAGGAAAACUUGAGGACCCACAUCUUCAAUAAUCGAGCCUUUGUUCCUGCAGAAACAAAAGAUAUUGCAAGUAUUAAAACAGUGAAACGAUGGGCAAGAGAGAUAUCGGAUGCACUCGCGUUCAUACAUAAGGAGGGGGUUCUCCAUCGAGAUCUCACAUUGGAGAAUAUCUUGGUAUGAGAGAAUAGUUAAAAAAGAUUGAUGAUUUUUGUUAAGGCAACCCUGAGACUUAACAAUCAACUGCCGCAACGGAAAUCUCGAUCUCGUGAAUUAUUUGUUAAAUUUUCCUGACGAAAUAUUACUUUUCCUACAGCAGCACUCAAAAUUCACAGAAAUUUUCGGUAAAAUAAGUUUUUUGCAGAGUGCAAUGAGUUCCCGUGACACUGCCGUAAAUAUGCUUUGCAUUUAACUGCCCACCUCGUAAUGUGUUCUUAAAAGCAUCGCGAUGUUCAUACAAUGUUUUCUUUUCAAUUAAAGCUAUCAGCAGACAACUCAGUAAGGAUUGCCGAUGUUGGGGAGUCCAAAGAGGCAAAGGAUAUCACAGGAUCAUGGGCUGGAACAGUUCUUUAUAUGGCACCUGAGGUGUUUCAAUCAAAGAGAUAUAGCUUCCAAGCAGACAUAUACAAUCUUGGAAUAAUUUUGUGGGAGAUGUGGUAUGGAAGACAGGCCUUCGCCGGACUAAAGGGGCUAGCACUAAAAGACAUCUCAAAGAAGAUAGCUGAUGACGGUUACCGUCCAGAAGUCGAAAGCAGCAAUUAUAGGAAACCUCCGCUUCCCUGGAAAAAUCUAAUGACCCAGUGUUGGAGUCAAGCCCCAAACGAACGCCCUUCAGCUAAGAAAUGUUACAUGGAAAUCAAGAAAAAUUAUGCGGCAGUCAUUAGACUGUGAUAUCAAACUUGACUCUGG